AAGAAGGAACUCGUGGUGGUGGUCACUGUUGAGUUCACGGCAUCGCUUUCUCUAUUUCUCUCUCUCUCACGGCAAAAAGAUGUCCACCAAAUUUAGAGGUGGUGUUUCAGUCCACCAAUUUUGGCGGAUCUCUCUCUCUUCCUCCACAAACAGCAACAACAACAACAACAACACCAACAACCCAUCCUCACUCUCAACUCUCAAUCUCAAAACCCAACCCACCUCUCAUAAUCAUCACCAUGUCUCUCACAAUUAGACUACAAAUCACCACUACCCAUCUCAAUCUCUACCUCAACACAACAACAAUCUACAAAAGAAACCACCACAAUUGCAGAGUUGUAGCAAAACCCAUUUACCAUUCUAACCCAUUAACCCAAUCCCUUUUUCUUCGAAGAAUGAGUUGUGUAGAUUGUUCCGCAAAAAACCCUUUAGCUGUCAAGAGCUCUCUGAUCGACCCAGAUGGUGGGUCGUUGGUUGAUCUCGUGGUGUCGGAGAGCCAAAGGGAUUUGAUGACUCUAGAGGCUGAAUCAAUGCCGAAGCUGAAGAUAACAAAGAUUGAUCUCGAAUGGGUUCACGUGCUCAGUGAGGGUUGGGCGAGUCCGCUCAAAGGGUUCAUGAGAGAGGAUGAGUAUUUGCAGAGCUUGCAUUUCAAUUGUUUGAGAAUGAAAGAUGGGUCUAUUGUGAACAUGUCGUUGCCGAUUGUUUUAGCCAUUGAUGACCAGGCUAAAGAAAGAAUUGGGGCUUCGAUUCAUGUUGCAUUGGUUGCGCCUGAUGGUGAUUUGGUUGGUGUUCUUCGGAGCAUUGAAAUAUAUAAGCACAACAAAGAAGAAAGAAUAGCAAGAACUUGGGGAACAACUGCUCCAGGGUUACCUUACGUUGAGGAAGUAAUUACUCCAGCUGGAAAUUGGCUCAUUGGUGGCGAUUUGGAAGUGUUAAAGCAUAUCAAAUAUAAUGAUGGUCUUGAUAACUACAGGAUCUCUCCCCAACAACUUCGGAAAGAAUUUGACAAGCGUCAGGCUGAUGCAGUUUUUGCUUUUCAGUUAAGGAAUCCUGUGCAUAAUGGGCAUGCUUUGUUAAUGAACGAUACACGCAGGAGACUUUUGGAAAUGGGUUACAAGAAUCCAAUUCUAUUGCUUCAUCCUUUGGGAGGUUUUACAAAAGCUGAUGACGUCCCAUUGGAUGUUCGUAUGGAGCAACAUAGCAAGGUUCUAGAAGAUGGAAUUCUUGAUCCUGAGACUACUGUCGUGGCGAUAUUCCCAUCACCCAUGCAUUAUGCUGGUCCUACAGAAGUACAAUGGCAUGCCAAGGCACGAAUCAAUGCAGGUGCAAAUUUCUACAUUGUAGGUCGUGAUCCUGCUGGUAUGGAUCACCCUAUAGAGAAGAGGGAUUUAUAUGAUCCUGACCAUGGGAAGAAGGUGCUAAGCAUGGCUCCCGGCUUGGAAAAGCUAAACAUUUUGCCAUUCAAGGUAGCAGCAUAUGACACAGUGGAAAAGAGAAUGGCAUUUUUUGAGCCUUCACGUGCUAAAGAUUUUCUCUUCAUCUCUGGUACCAAGAUGCGGACUUAUGCAAGAAAUGGUGAGAACCCUCCUGAUGGUUUCAUGUGCCCUGGGGGAUGGGAAGUCCUGGUCAAAUAUUAUGCGAGCCUGCAAACUGAAGAGACUCCACAGAAACCUGCUGUUUUAUCCACACAGACAUAAUUUUAAUGCAGUUACAUUGAGUAAUUUGUAGGAGGAGUCGAAGGGGGAAGUGAAAGUGAGGUCUGAUGGGGCAUCAUUUCGAAAUUCCACCGUCACCUAAUAGAUUGACACUUGGCACGAGCAAUUUUAGUUAUAUGCUUUUCUUUUAACUCCUGGUGGUUGGAACACACUGCUCAACUAAGUUGUUUUCAGUGCACUUAUUUAUUUGUUACAUUGUUUGAGAGAGAGAAUUUAUAUGUUAGACACAUGUAUCGAGUUGUUGUAGUGAUUAAUCACAUAUCUAAUUGAUCUUCCCUUCAAAUUGGUCUUUCAUCUUUUUCUUUCAAAUUGAAUGUCAGCUUUUGCUCCUGUAAUGCAUGAUAUAAUUUGAUUGUUUAUUGGUUAA